AUGUUUUAUACCGGAGGUUUACCUUUUAAUCUUGCAAGAAAUCCACACUAUGUCAGGGCUUUUCAGUUUGCUGCUAACAACAAAAUUGAUGGUUAUGUACCUCCUGGUUAUAAUAAGCUAAGAACAACAUUACUACAAAAAGAAAAAGAUAAUGUUCACAAGCUAUUGGAGCCGCUUAGGUUUACAUGGAAAGAAAAAGGUGUGACUAUUGUGAGUGAUGGCUGGAGUGAUCCUACAAGAAAACCUCUAAUCAACUUCAUGGCUACCUCAUGUAACGGUCCUUUGUUUCUAAAGGCAGUGAAUUGUUUUGGGGAAGUGAAAGAUAGAUUUUUUAUUGCCGAAUUAAUGAAGGAAGUCAUCAAUGAAAUUGGUCAUGAAAAUGUUGUGCAAAUAAUUACUGAUAAUGCAGCAAAUUGUAAGGCGGCUGGAGAGAUUAUAGAGAGUCAGUUUCCUCAUAUUUAUUGGACACCAUGUGUUGUUCAUACACUUAAUCUUGCUUUGAAGAACAUUUUUUCACCAAGGAAUGUGGAAACAAAUGAACUAACAUACGAACAGUGUCGUUGGAUAAAAGAAGUUCACGAAGAGGCAUUUGCAAUAAAAAAUUUCAUCAUGAACCAUAACAUGAGGCUCUCGAUUUUCACCAAGUUUACUCCUCUUAGGUUGCUUUCUGUUGCUGACACUCGCUUUGCCUCCAUCAUUGUGAUGCUUAAGAGAUUAAAACUUAUCAAAAAGGGUCUUCAAGCUAUGGUCAUAAGCGAAGAAUGGUCUUCUUAUAGAUUAGAUGACACUGAGAAAGCAAACACUGUGAAAGAAUAUAUUUUGGAUGAUGAUUGGUGGGAUAAAAUAACAUAUAUUCUUAGUUUCACUGGACCUAUAUAUGAGAUGAUUAGAGCUUGUGACACUGACAAGCCAUGUUUACACUUGGUCUAUGAGAUGUGGGAUUCUAUGAUUGAGAAAGUCAAGAUUGAGAUCUACAAGAAAGAAAAACGUCUGACAUCUCAAAUAAGUUGUUUUUACGACGUUGUGCAUCGUAUUUUAGUGGCUCGAUGGGCGAAGAAUAACACUCCCCUACAUUGUUUAGCUCACUCUUUACAUCCAAGUGAUGCAUGGUUAAUGGAGGAUUCUACAAGAUGCGCUCCACAUAGGGAUGGAGAAAUUUCACAAGAAAAGGAUGAAAUGUUUUCGAAGAGUACUUUCGCAUUUAUUCACUCGCUUAAAAGGAACAAGUUGACUACAAGUCGUGCUCAAGACUUGGUUUACGUCCACAAUAAUCUCCGACUUUUGUCAAGGACUCCGAAAGAUGAUGUAAAGAUGUGGGAUGUGGGUGGAGAUGCUUUUGAUUCAAUGGAAGACGUCGGGUUUUUGGAGUUUGCAGAUCUCUCACUAGAUGAACCCGACUUUGAAAAUGAUUUGAUUAUUGAUAAUUAG